GCGCUUUCCGCAGUUCUCUUCCGGUGAUGGCGGUCUUGUGCCCCGGAUGUAACCCUAGCGAAAGCAGCUCCUCUUUCCUUUUGCAGCCUUUCUUGGGUUCUUAGCUCGGUUUGGGGAAGACCUUUUGUCCAGUCAUGCCAAAGAGGAAAGUGACCUUUCAAGGCGUGGGAAAUGAGGAUGAUGAGGAUGAAAUCAGUGUUCCUAAGAAGAAGCUGGUGGACCCUGUGGCUGGGGCAGGGGGUCCUGGAAGCCGAUUCAAAGGCAAACACUCUUUGGACAGUGAUGAGGAGGAUGACGAUGAGGGGUCCAGCAAAUAUGACAUCCUGGCCUCAGAGGAUGUGGAAGGUCAGGAAGCAGCCACACUUCCCAGUGAGGGAGGUGUGCGUAUCACACCCUUCAACCUACAGGAAGAGAUGGAAGAAGGCCACUUUGAUGCAGAUGGCAACUACUUUCUGAACCGGGAUGCCCAGAUCCGAGACAGCUGGCUGGACAACAUUGACUGGGUGAAGAUCAGGGAGCGGCCACCUGAUCAGCACUCACGGUCAGAUUCAGAGGAGGAAGACAGCCUGGGCCAGACACCAAUGAGUCCCCAAGCCCUCCUUGAGGGCCUUCUGGAGCUCCUGUUGCCAAGAGAGACAGUGGCUGGGGCACUGAGGCGUCUGGGGGCCAGAGGAGGGGGCAAAAGGGGCAGCAAGGGACCUGGACGGCCAAGCUCCCCCCAGCGCUUGGACCGGCUGUCUGGGUUGGCUGACCAGAUGGUGGCUCGGGGCAACCUUGGCGUUUAUCAGGAGACAAGAGAACGAUUAGCCAUGCAGCUGAAGGGGUUAGGGUGCCGGACCCAGGGACCCCCUGACCCCAUAUCCCAACCUUCUCUGGACAUGUUUGCUGAGGAAGUGGCAGAGGGAGAGCUGGAGACCCCAAUGCCUGUCCAGAGAGGAGAAGCAGAGUCUCCAGGAGACGGUCUGGAGGACGUGAUGUGGGAAUAUAAGUGGGAGAACACAGGGGAUGCUGAGCUGUACGGGCCCUUCACCAGCACCCAGAUGCAGACCUGGGUGAAUGAAGGCUACUUCCCUGAUGGUGUUUACUGCCGGAAGCUGGAUCCCCCUGGUGGACAGUUCUACAACUCCAAACGAAUUGACUUUGACCUCUACACCUGAGCCUUCUGAGGGCCAAUUUGGUGGCCCCUUCUUUUUUGGACUCUGGAAGGAGCCCCAGCUGCCUCAGGCAGUGAGUUUAUUGCGGGCCACUUUUCAGUCGCUUUUCCUUUCCCAAUAAAAGCCUGUAGUUGUGUGUUAGGUCCUUGGCUGUGCUGAUGGCCAGAAGCCAGGGACCUCCUCAGCCCCUUUGGAUUUGCCUUUGCCCUUGAAUGUUUCCUCAUGAAGUUCUUCUUUGGGAAUUUCUGGUCCCUUGAACCAUCUCAUCUUUGUUUACCACUCCUAGGGGCAGAGCCAGGGCUGUCAGGUGGCUUGUGGACUCCCCACCCAGACUGCUCACCAUCUAAAAAAUCCUUUCACUCACACAUCAUUCUCCAGUAUUGCGGGUUCCUGUUUUGCUGUUCUUAGGUCUUUGGCUUUUAGGACCUUAGAGUCUUUGUCUUUGCAGCCAGUAUAGCAUAGAGCCCCAGAAGUGGAGACUUAAGGCCUUGAAGGCUGGGACAUCUGUUGGGUGUAAGAAGCCUGGUGUUCACUGGCUCCCCCCUGCCUCAAGCUCUUUAAGUGAAGUGAAAACUCAGCACUGGCUCAUGGAGCCCCUUCAAGGCCACUUGGGGCAACUAUCCAAUGAGCAGGCACUAAGGGGUAUUACCUCACUGGAGGUUACUCUGAAUCAGAGGGCUGGCCCAGAUGGGCUCUUUUUCCAGACUUUUUUGGUACCAGGUCUUUUCUGCCUGGUGUUUGAGGUCCUAAAGCUUACCUUUCCUGGGCUCCCACAGUGUGCCUAGCACAGGGCUAGUGCCUUGAGGGAACUGAGAGAACUGGGUUGGUCCCUUUCCAGGGAGUGUGAGUGCUGAGGAGGGAGGCAGACAGGUAUUAUUGUAUAGCCUGGACCUGACACUGCCACCACCCCGUCCCAUUAGUGCUGCCCUAGGCCUCUCCUCAUUUGGGCACCAAGUUAGGUUGAUUCCUCUACUUUUCCACAUUGGCUCUCCAUUGGAAUCUGAUGGGGAGCUGUAAAAUUAUUCCUUAGAGAAUCUGAAUGAUUGGUCUAGGUAGUGGCCUGGAGGUUGGCGGGGGGCGGUUAAAAACUCCCAGGUGUUUCCAAUGUGGAGAAUGUUGGCCAGGUGGAGAACCAUUGGGCCUGAUCUCCAUGAGUAAGGUUAUACCUGGGGAGGGGCCAGUUCCUAGAUCCUGCUGUGGUAGCGUAGCUGAUCAAGUGUGUGGCCAGGGCUCUGGUGGAGUUUGUCAAUUAAAGGAGAGCUGAGCACCAGAGUGUGAGGAGCCAGGCCAGGAACUAGGGAAGAUGGGUGAGGUGAGGUGGGAUUACCUGAUAAUUCUAGUGAGGUCUCCAACUCAUAUAAUAGACUCACUCUCGUGCUAAGCCAGACCUAGUUUUCAUUUAUUAUCAGAUGCCUUUGGUUGCAAGAUGGUUUACUUCAAGUCAUUAGGAAAGAAAAUUCUACCUAUAUGUCAUUGAUUAAAAGGUGCAUCCUGAGUUCAGAAGUGUUCAAAGGUAAAAAGCAGGUUAAGACCAAUGAAAUAGAGUGUUCACCUUUAUAUUCCCCAGUGACUAAAUCAUGGGAGUUGCUCAGUGUUUGGUGAGUAGAAGCCAAGGGACAGCUGCCCUGGAGGUCCCACUGGCACCUGAGGCUCCACCUAUCCAGAGCUGACCUUCCCCUCGCAGCCUUUCCUUGUGUUCACCUCCCUGUGACACUGGGCAGAACGGUUGCCACCCAAAGAUGUCCACAUCUUCAACCUCAGAACCCAUGAGUAUGUGACCUUACAAAGCAAAAGGGCUUGUAUAGAAAUGAAUGAUACUGAGGUGGGCCCAGUGCAGUCACGGUCCUGUAGCAUGGAAGAGGGAGUCUGCAGGGUCAAAGUGAGAGGUGGGUGGAGAUACUACACUGCUGCUGGCUCUAAGGAUGGAAGGGUCAUGUGCCAAGGAGUGCAGUGGCCUGUAGGAGCUGGAAAAGGCAAGAAAAAAGGAUUCUAUCCAGUCUCCAUAAAGGAAUGCAGCUUUGUUGAUAGGACUUUAGCUCAGUGAAAAUCAUUUUGGACUUCUGACAGCUACAUCUCUAAGAUAAUAAAACAUGCUGUUUUUAGCCAUCAA